AUGAAGUGGCUCUAUUUCGCAAGUGCGUAUCCUUCUCCUAUCAAAUUCAGGUCCAAUUUUUUCCCUUUUUCGAAGAAGGAUGCUGUGGGACACCAAAAAAACAAAUCCAUUCCUCCACACGCACUCUAUUGGCCGGUGCACUUCUCCGACUCCAAAAUUGGACCUUCAUUACUCGUGUCAGAGAAAUUCGCUCAACGUGGUAAUAAUUAUUAUUAA